AUAUUGUUCCUGCUACAAAACAGUUUCUGUGUGUUAGAGAGGGGCAUUAAAUCCAAGCAAAGACACGUAAAACUACAUUCUCGUUUGAAGGGAAGAUGAGGCUGUUUGUCAUGAGCGUCUCUGUGCUGCUGCUGGUUCUGGGUUUUUCAUGCAUCUCAUCUGAACUUGUAGACAAAUUCAGUAAAUGCAGAGACUUUUUUUUUCAUGAAAAGCCUCCGGUUAUCCCUGGCGUUCUGAAGGAUUCAGCCGCACUGUUCAAUAAUUAUAAAAUAAUCUGUCAGCGAUAUGAGGACAGUGUAAAGUAUGCAACCCUCUAUGACACAACAGGGAAGAUCCCGAUUUUCUCAGCUUACAAAUACACCGGAAUACAAGAAUACAAGGAAGUAACUAAUCUUCCCUGGAUGAUCGAGUCACAGCUUGAACCUGUAGGUCCUGGGAUCCGUGAGCCAUUCAUCAAUCAGGCGAUCACUGGAGACUACUACAAUAACCCAGAAACUGUUAGUCCCGGUCACUUAUUUCCAGUCCGUUAUGCAGCUGAUAGAGAAACUGCCAAGUCUACGUUCACUCUCACCAACAGCAUUCCACAGAAGAACAACUUAGAGGAACGCAUUUGGAAUCGCACAGAACAAGAGAUGAAAGUUAUCAUGGAUGAACACUGUCGUGACCAGAACAACAAGAAGACCUUAGCCUAUGUGUUGACUGGAGCUUUGCCUGGUGACAGUACACUGAAAAACGGAGUGAACAUUCCCUCUCACAAGUGGAUG